AUGAAUCAGCAGGGAUCUAUCCUUUUUGUCGAUGCCUAUGAUUCUUUCGCGGAGAACAUUGCUGCAAUUCUUCAUCAUGAGCUGAGUGUGGCGGUCACGUUGAUUCCCAUUGACUGCGAUGUCCAGGCUCGAUUCGGCCAGCAUCUUGCACAGUUUCUGUCUAAUUUCGAUGCGGUAGUACUGGGGCCUGGCCCCGGUAACCCUAAGAAUGCUUCCGACGUUGGCCUCUUCAACGAGGUCUGGGAGAUCGCCGCUGUGGAGUCAGUCCCAGUACUCGGUAUCUGUCUCGGCUUCCAAAGCCUAGGUGUUCGAUAUGGGCUUCCAAUCAUUCGCAUGGACCUUCCUUGUCAUGGCCAUGCGAAACGGAUCUUCCAUCUGGAUCAGGACAUCUUUGAGAACACUGGAGAAGUUGUUGCCACAAAUUACAACAGCCUUGGCUUUCGCCUGAGAGAACUUGUCCCAGACCGUGCUUUCAGUCGCACAAAUUCCUCGGGCUCUGUGUCCAGCCUCUGUUCCUCUCCCAGUGUCCGCUCCUUUCCAUCCUGUACCUCCAGACCGUUCUUAGCAGACCAGCAAUGCGGGGCUAAGGAUGAUCUUCUGGUGCUUGCAUGGGAUGCUGAGGAUUGGUUGAUGGCUGUCAAACACAAGGUCCAUCCAUUUCAUGGCUUCCAAUUUCACCCAGAAUCUUGCAAAUCAAAUUCGUCUUGUACGAAGCUCUUGGUCCAAUGGUGGGAAGCUGCACAGGCGCACAACUCUCUGUCCCGAUCCAUUUCAACACAUGAAUUCCCAAACACAUUUUCGGCAGCCUCGAUCGUUACUGCAAACACGUCCAGGGAAAGGGUGUUGAAGCUACAAAAUAAACUGGCUGAGCUUACCAACCACUGUGGUUCAACACCGAACACCAGCAAGAUGCCGAUACAAGCGGGCAGCGACCGCAUUGCGGCAAUGUGUUACGAGGAUGCCCCACCAAACAAUGUGGUUAUGCUAGAGUCCACUCGAAAAGGCAGGUACAGCAUAUAUGCCUUCCCGGACAAGUAUAGCUUUCAAAUCGAGUACGCAGGUGGCUACUGUACAGUGACACAAGAUUCCGAAAUUAUUGAAAAGAUCUCGCUGAAGAGGUCCGAAAUGGUUGAGAGCCUCGAGAAGCUCAUGUCAAGCAAGGCCUCCAAUGUGGAUGAUUUAGAUUUACCUUUUCGGGCUGGCUUGAUGGGUUAUUUCUCGUACGAGUUUGGCACAGCGUCAAUGAAUUUGAAUAUGCCUGCAAAUGGUGAAGCUUCCACAUCAACCCCGGAGAUCAGCCUCGCAUGGAUCGAUCGCAGCAUUGUCUUUGACAAUUACACGGGGACAGCAUACGUCCAAUCGAUGCGAGAGGACGAUGGAAUCUGGCUUCAAGAUAUAGCGACUAAACUUUGUGACCUAGAACGCCUUGGGCCCAUCAAAGACGAUUAUGCCGAAACCGAAAAGCUUCUUCAAAUUCAGAGAUCCGCAAAGUUAUCACUUCCAGACCAUGACAAAUAUAUCUCACAAAUCCGCGAAUGUCAAUCCCAGCUACUUGCUGGUAAUUCCUACGAGUUGUGUCUCACAACCGAGGCUGACGUGUUGACUAACACGGGACUUCACCACUCAUGGCUUCUUUACAAGAACAUUCAACGCCAUAACCCUGUUCCUUUCGCUGCCUUCGUCCGCCUCAACAAGACCACUAUUCUCGGCUCGUCUCCUGAGCAAUUCCUGUCUUGGAACACCGACCGUAGCAUUGACAUGGUACCAAUGAAGGGGACUGUAAGGAAAAGUCCGGAGAUGACGCUAGAGAAAGCCACUGCUAUUCUGGCUUCGGCAAAAGAAUCAGCCGAAAACCUCAUGAUUGCGGAUUUAAUCCGACACGACCUGUAUUCUACUGUCGGACGGGAUGCGCUAGUUGAAGUUAUCAAACUCUGCGAUGUUAUUGAAACCGAAACUGUCUUCACGAUGGUUUCCCACAUCCGUGCACACGCCCCUUUGAGCGCGGAUUUUAUGCCUGAGUCAGACAAGGCGAGCAAGGAGAUGACCAAAUAUGGCAUCAAAGCACUUGCGUGUACACUGCCACCUGGCAGCAUGACCGGCGCGCCAAAGAAGCGGUCCUGUGAGAUCCUGCAUGGACUUGAAAAAAGAGAUCGAGGUAUCUAUUCGGGCGCCCUAGGGUACAUGGAUAUAACUGGAAAAGGCGCUUGGAAUGUCUGUAUCAGGAUAGCUUUUGCAACUGAUGAUGAUAUUACGGAGGUUGAUGGAGUGGAGAAACAAAGAUGGAGGAUCGGUGCUGGUGGUGCAAUUACAGUAUUGAGCGACGAGGAGAUGGAAUGGGAAGAGAUGAUGACGAAAUUGGACAGCGUUCUGAAAGCCUUUCGACAGACUUGA